AUGCUUGACAAGCUUCCAUUGGACAUCCUGCUUCUAAUCGCGAAUUUGCUGUCAGCUAAUGCCGUUCGGAUCAUGAGUCAUGUCUCUUCAGGACUUCGUUGGCUUUUAACCCCCCUGGUCUAUCGGGAUAUUGAAUUCUGUGCUGUCAAUGAAUGGGCUUUGAAUGUUCUCGACGUCGAUGACUUUUUUCUCCACCACUGCGCGAACGUCGACUAUCUUCAAAGCACGAGGCGAGUGUCAAUACAUGCUCCUGUCCAUAUUGCUCGCUUCAACCGCUGCGUAGCCUUCAAUCUUUUUCGAACGUCAGAGCCUUCGAAGAGCUGUGUGAGCCUUGGAACAACCGACGAGGAGAAAGCACACGAACUCUUCCUCAAAGACAUAAUGAGUCAAAUGCGGAGGGUCUUCAAGGGUCUAAGAUCCAAUUCACUGCGCUCGUUCACGUGGCGUUUGGGAACAUGCGUUCCCAAUGGAAUCUUGAAUCAGGAUGGUUGUAUUAUCCAACAUCAGAAAGGUCUAGCCCAUCUUUCAUUGGUUACAGAUAGCUCAUGUCCCCAUGCAGCUGGCCAUCUCGAUGCUUUGCCGGACCUGUGCUCUUUGAGAUCACUGGAAUGGGAAGGGGUCCAGCACCCACGGGAGAUCGAUCUCUUGCACCGGUGCAUUCACCGCAAUAAGAAGCAUCUUAAGGCUCUUUCAAUCGGAUUCAGCAUAGGAGGAUAUCGUCCAGAUUUCUAUACGGACGUGCUCGGGCUGUGGGGAACCCUAUCCCGACCUAAUUCGGAUCAUUCGACAAUGUCCCUUCCUUCACUCGUUUCAUUGACACUCUCAAAAACGGGUAUGCCUAAACAGCUUCAAAUCAGUGGCGCGCCUGUCUUCUCCAGCCUGAAAGUCUUGAAAUUACGCGCAUGCCCUAAUGCUCUAGAAUUCUUGAAAGCCCUAUCGGAUUCCACGCCUCCUCUUCAACUCAAACGGUUCGAGUUCUGUGGUGAUAGCUUGGCUUCCACUUUAGACGAAAUAGACGAUAUCAGUAUACUGAUCUCAUUUUUGCUAUCAUUUCGAGGCUUGAAGCAUUUGCAUCUGAAGAUCUCGAAUUUUGCACGCUCUUGUCGUUUCCGAACUGCGAUCCAGCAUCACAUCACCACCCUGGAGACUCUGGCAUAUCACGAGCAACAACUUGCCCCAAUUGACGACGACAGACUAUGGUGGGACACUCGAGAUUAUGCUCCAUUAUGGAUUUUUGAGCAGGCGAGAGAUCUCCGCCUUCAUAGGCUUUCUGCCCUGGCGCUUUGCGCGAGCCCAGCUUUUCUAAGACCCGUACUUGAGCCAGCAGGUUCGGAGUGUACGCUUCAGAUAUUACAUCUCCGGUUCGUGGGCUUGGACCAUUUGCACCGCAAUAUUCAGUCCGAGGUGAUUGCACAGAUGAAAACAGGCCGUGCAUACUGUUCAUGUGGUUGUUGGGCCAAUAAUCUUCGACGAGGCUCAAACCCUCGUAGUAGGUGUAGUUUUACAAGCACGUGGGAAGAAUCAAUGACUUCUGAUCUAAUGAAAACUUCGGUUUCUUCGGAAAUACCGGUCGGCUCUGACCUGUGUUUUGAUGAGGCGAGAGAGAUUGUAGAAUUCGCGGACUGGGCAUUUGGGCCGCGUGGUCUUCCGAGUCUGAUGGUAUUGGCAUUUGGAGACUUUUCUUACGAAGAAAGAUACCAGAGGCAACGAUUUCUAGCACGCCGACGAAUGAACGGUGUAUCCAAGGAACCCGGCUGUGCAGAAAGCGAGGAAUCUGAUUGGACUCUGUGCAUCACCAACAAGGUGUCCGCUCUCGAUGAAGAUCCUUUCCACGGAUCUGACACGUUCUUGUCGGUAUGUCCCGAUGGGUCAUUGAUGGAAAAUCCCGAGGAGUGGUAG